AUUUUAAAGAAUGAGAAAUUAUUAAUUUUAAUAUGUUCUUUUUAUAAUCAGCAAGUGUUAAAAAGAAAACUACAAAAUAAAAAUUAUGUCAGCAUUAAAAUGUGAGUGACCGGUUCUCAUCUUUUUGUGGUUAUUUUUAUUGGAACUUUUCCCUAAUAUAUAUUAAAAAUUCUAUAUAUUUUGAAAAUGGACUAUAUUUCGUAUGGGUGUACUGAUAACAAAAUCCCAAAACAAAGGUAUCUAGAAAAAUACUUGGAACUUGGAAGUGUUAACUGUUAAGAACAAGUUUGAACAACUCUACACCUAAACAUAUACAAAUCUUUAUCUUAUCUUUGGAGAAAAGAAGGUCCAAAUGUAAGAAGACUAAAUUGUUUGUAGAUUAGAUUAUUACAACUCCAAACACGAAACAGUAUAACCUUGGUGGAAACAAAGUAACAAAAUAAAGGUAUCGUUAUACUUUGACUUCUUAUUCUAACAUUAUACAGCUUUUUAUUCUAACUUUUAUUUGUGCAACACUUUUACACCUGGAAGUCCCAUUUUAUAUUUACAGAAAAAAAACAUAUAUAAUAAUACAUAUUCUCUUUCUUAAUAAUCAUUUUUUGAGUAAAAAAAAAAGUAAACAACUAGUUUGAUGAACCCAUGCAUAGUCUUUUUACGGAGGGACAAGAUUAGGUAUCUGAUUGUAUCGCCAUGGCAGAAUACAGAAUUUUUCCUUUUUGUAGUUGUUGUAAAUUCCUUAGAAUAUUUGUACGGAUGACCUCCUGAAGUGUGAGAAAAUGUAUAGUAUUCGACUCAGGUAGCAGUGAUGAUUGGAUUUAGUUUUUAUAUAAAUAUGAUGAUGAUGAUGAUGUGAUUUGUUUUCACUUGUCCUGUUAUAUUGGAACAAAUUAACGGACGGAUGCUUCAAGCAAAGAGAACGCUAAUACUAAAGUUUCGUCACAUUGAUAUCAACUCCAUACAUGCUAUACUACUACUAGUAUAGGACAAGACAGCUACCAGACAAAUAAAUUAGAGCAUUCUCUUUGAUUGGUAGUUGCUCUUGCUUUGUUACUGGUGUCGUACGGGUAAAAUUUUCAGGUUUCGGGUAGAACGGGUAUUUCCUUAAGAAAAUAAUACCCGAUACCCGACCUAUAUUGUAAUUCGGGUUUUCGGGUUUCGGGUAUUCGGGUUUGAGGUCGGGUCGGGUAAUUAUCGGGUAUAUCCGAAAAUUUCUUAAAUAACACUUAUUGAUAUUUUUUUUUAUAUGUUGGUUGGUUUAAUAAAAAAUUGGGUGGGAAAUUACUCCAUAUAAUUAACAAGUACAUCUAUAGUAACAAUACAAAUUAUUAUGUACUUUUUUAAUUACAUUACGUGCGAUAGAGAGAAACUGAGAAUUGUGAUGACGGUUCAGGACUUUAGCUUCAGUGUCGUAUUCCCUUUGCAAGUUUGCGUUGACUGUUGAGCCGUCGUUCAUAAGAAGGAAACGAACAGUUUUGUUUUAUUUGAAGUGUGCGUACGCGAUUGCAUUGUAUAUUUGGUAUUAUUUAAAAAACGAAUUUGGGUAUUCGGGUAUACCCAAAAAUAAAUAUUCAUACCUAAAACCCGACCUAUAUUAUUAUCGGGUUAACCUAUUACCCGAAUGUUCAUACCCAUUACCUGUUCUACCCGAAUUCGGAACGGAUCGGAUGGAUAGAACGGGUUUCGGGUUUUGCCUAUUACAAGUAAUCCACGUCUCCUUUUUUAACCCAUCACCCAAUUUAUAAACGUCACCCGGUCAAAGUUUGGAAGUGUGUGAUAGUUUCAAGGGUCAGACAAAAACAAAACCACCCCGAUAUGUCUGUUUAUAUUAUUAUUAUUACUAACUUAAUUUAGUAUCUUAUAAGAAGCCGAAUCAUCCUCAGAAUAAGUGUUGCUUGCUUGCUUUGGUGAAAUAAAAAAAGGGAACUGAUCUAUGUUGUCGGUGUUUCCGAGGUUCCGGUUUUCUGUAUAUAAUCUUUUAUGCCUUGAUUGUUUUGGGUGCAGAGAAUAACAUGAGAACAUAAACAUGUGUUAAUCAAAGAGAGUGUAUGUUAUGUUAUGUUAUGUUUCAGGGUAUCUGAAGAAUCAAUUGUUGUUGAUGAUGGCAUGCAGUAGUAGUAUAUCGGUUUCAAGCCAACCGGAAAGCCCGAUAACAGGAAAGAGACCACACAUCCUUAACCGCUCAAUCUCGGGUCAAAAUUUAAGACAACAUGCGAGAAUUCAAAGAGCAUACUCCGACAACAAUCUAUGCUAUUCAGCUAAGGCCUCCAUGAAUCAGCCUAAGUUGAAAAACAGCCCUUCCAUGGGAAUUUUCGACUUCAAUCUAUCGCGUUCUAUCAUCCCCAAUUCCCUCAAGGCACUGCUGUUUGAGACCGAUUCAGAAGAGACACAUUGUCAUGAAUUGACAGAUGUGAGCAGCGAUAUAGAAAUGGAGAAGAAAAGAGCUAACUGGGUAGAGAGGUUAAUGGAGAUUCGAAGCCGAUGGGUUCAGAAACAACAGAGUAAUGAAAUCAAUGGCGACAAUGAAGAAAAAGAGUGUGAUGAUGAAGAUGAUGGAUGUGAAGUGGAUUAUAGCGAUGAUGAAGGUAUUGAAAGCAUCAAUCAGGAAACAUUUUCCCAGCUGUUGGAUAAAGUUUCUUGGUCUGAUACCAAAGAUUUCUCACAACUGGCUUUUCUCUGUAACAUGGCCUAUGUUAUCCCAGAAAUCGAGGAGGACGACUUGAGACGAUACUAUGAUUUGACAUUUGUAACGUCUUCGCUGGAGAAGAAAGGUUUAGCUGAAGCCAUGGCAGCUGACUCGGUUUGCUUACCUGUGAGUGUGAGUGUGAGUGAAAAGGAAAUGAAGCGAAUAAACCGUACUUCAGCUUAUGAGAUAGCAGCCUCGGCAGCAACAUAUGUAAGAUCCCAUGCAGGUGGGCUUAUAAACCUCGUGUCUGAACCAAAACACAAGGAAGAUGAUGUUGCGGAUUACUGUCCAAAUCCAAGAGUCUACAAUUCAGAGAUGGCUGCGUAUAUGGCAGCUUCCACUAUGACAGCAGUUGUUGCAGCACCUGAGAAAGAAAAACAGGAGGCUGCAAAGGAUCUUCAGUCCAUUCACUCCUCUCCUUGUGAAUGGUUUAUUUGUGACGACUCCAGUAUAUACACUCGCUGCUUUGUCAUCCAGGGUUCAGAUUCAGUGGCAUCAUGGCAAGCAAAUCUCUUCUUUGAACCGACUAAGUUUGAGGGAACAGAGGUGCUAGUUCAUAGGGGAAUAUACGAGGCUGCAAAGGGAAUAUAUGAGCAAUUGAUGCCACAUAUUGUAGAGCAUGUGGAGAGAUACGGUGAAAGAGCAAAGCUUCAAUUCACGGGGCAUUCUCUUGGGGGGAGCCUGUCGUUACUGGUGAACCUGAUGCUGCUCACCAGGGAAGUUGUCAAGGCCUCGGCUCUACGGCCCGUCGUCACCUUUGGUUCCCCCUUUGUCUUCUGUAACGGUCAAAAGAUUCUCGACCGCCUGGGGCUACACGAAAACCACAUUCACUGUGUCAUGAUGCAUAGAGACAUCGUCCCCAGGGCUUUUUCAUGCAACUACCCAAACCAUGUUGCCCAAUUACUCAAACGUCUAUGCCCCACCUUCCGCUCUCAUCCCUGCCUAAAUAGAAAUGUAAGUAACUCCUUCCUUACUUCCUCUCCUCCUGUCCUAUACCAAUAUCUCUAUCUCUUUGCAUACAUCAUGCAGAGCUUGUUAUAUACGCCGCUUGGGAAAAUGUUUAUACUCCAACCGGAUGAAAACUCGUCGCCACAUCAUCCUUUACUCCCUCCUGGGACCGCUUUGUACGCUAUGUCUAAUAAUUCUAAUUCUGGUUCCACCAAGACCAAGGCGGCUAAUGCUAUUCGGGCCUUCCUAAACUCCCCACACCCAAUAGAAACGUUACAACAUCCAACAGCUUAUGGGUCCGAUGGCACAAUCCUUAGAGACCAUGACUCAAGUAACUACCUAAAGGCGGUUAAUGGAAUCAUAAGACAACACACAAAGACCUUCAAGAAGAAACCAACAUCACGACAGAGGAACGUUAUGUGGCCAUUGUUGACUUCACAAUCUCCACACUAUUGGAGUCAAGAAACAAAGCUCAAAGUUUCGGUUUCAGAUCAAAAGAGGCUUAUUAGUACAGAGGUGGCUUGAGUAGUGUUGCUGUUAGGUAAGCUAGGGAAAACUACACUAACUUGAUUGGGGGGGGUGAUGUGACAAUGUUCAUAAAAAGGUUUGCCUUCAAAUUUGUUCAACUAAUUACAUUAUUGUAUAUUGUGUUCCAUCUUUCUUAUCUUAGCCCCCCAAUUCCCAUUGUAUGUAUCAGUAUUACCAAUAAAUGUUAAUAAUGAAAUCCCCAGUAUAAUAUUAGCUGUUUUCAAUUUCCUAUUGA